UAUUUCAUUGGAUACUAAGACCAAGUGAAACUCCAUUGUUCUAUUGUCGGACUUGAAAUCGAGGUUCGUUAAGUGAGAAAAUGAAUAAAUAGUUAUAUUGUGCUGAAAUAGGAAGUUGGUAGUAGAUUUGUUUUGUUUUUUGUGAUUCGUUGGAACAAGAUAUACAAACAUUAACUGUUAACUGAAAUGUUUUAAUGUCUGGUUGAAUUUUGGACGUUUUAUUUUAUUUAAUAACUGUGAAUGUAACUAUCAGUAAAAUAUAUAAAAACUAGUUUGUGGCUUUUCGGCUCUGAUGUUGCAUUUAAAUUGUGUAAAUAAAUAUUGCGGAUUGGAGAUAAUUUUAUAGUUUCAAACUACUGAAUACUUUGGAUGUAGAGGAACUUAAUCACUUCGAAGACGGAAAUGUAUAAUAGUCCACUUGACAACAUCCAUGCCGAGUGAUUGAUUAACAUUAAGAGCCAAAUCCUUUUCAAGGUGCAGUUCAUAGGGAAGCAUAUGAAUAUUCACCACAGAUGGAUUUUGAGAUUUGAUUGAUGCUGUUAGAUAUUUCACACUGCAAAAGCAAGCCCAAAUUUGUAAUUGGAGAGUUAAUAGACACAGGGCUCGUUAAUGGAUACCUGUGGCAGUUAUGAAGGAAGGCACCGGCGUUAAGUAGAGACAAUUAUUUGGAAAAAUAGCACGAACUAUGCAAACGUUAAAAAGGAUAUCAAUCUUCUUCUCGUUAUGAGAAAAUAUUACUUUUGAGAAAAAUAAAAUAUAAUGUUGCAGAUUAUAUCAUUGGCUAAAUGACGUGAUUAAGUGAUUCAAGAUAUGGAUAUGACGUCAUCGGUGUAUGAACCAAUCGGAAACGAGAGUGACGUCACAACGAGCACUUUCAACGUCAGUGUUGACGGACCGAUAAUCAAGUCUAUCGAGCACCUGGUCAGCGUUUCGGUGAUCCUGGGCUUGAUGAUACUCUUCACUAUUAUUGGGAACGUGUUUGUUAUUGCCGCCAUUAUUCUUGAGAAGAACCUCCACAACGUCGCCAACUAUCUCAUCUUAUCCCUCGCUGUCGCAGACCUCAUGGUGGCGUCAAUUGUCAUGCCGAUCAGUGCCGUCAAUGAAGUCAGUAUGAAAUGGUUCUUCAGGUCCGAAAUCUGCGUUAUGUGGACAACGAUGGAUGUCCUGUGUUGCACGGCGUCAAUUCUGCACCUCGUUGCCAUUUCAAUUGACCGCUACUGGGCGGUGACAAACAUUGACUAUACGCGCACUAGGACCGCUAAACGCAUCCUAGUUAUGAUUGCCAUUUUGUGGUUUGUAGCCAUGUUGAUAACAAUACCGCCUCUGUUUGGUUGGAGGGAUGAUAAUGAUCCAACUGUUACGGGAGUUUGCGAAAUAAGUCAAAACACUGGAUAUCAAGUGUUUUCCACGCUUGGUGCAUUUUAUAUACCUACAAUCUUAAUGUUAAUAAUUUAUAUCAAAAUAUUCUUUGUGGCGAGAGAACGCAUUAGAAAGAAAAGGUUUGCUCAAGCAGCGAAACUGCAGCAAAGGCAAACGACAACCCAACAGGGGACGGAGAUGACAUUAUUAUCAGUGCCACACAAAAGCUCCCCUGUUUCAAGGUCCGAGGUAUCUGAAGCGCCUUGCAAUGGAAGUUCCGAAAGCCAUGACGAUAAUGACAAUAGAUGCAAAGAGAAUGGACACGUGGAGGAUGACCCACGUUCGUGCAUGAUACCGAAAGGUGGAUGUGAAAUACUUCGGGCAAAGAAACACAAAGAAAAACUUGAAGCGAAACGAGAGAGAAAGGCAGCCCGAACAUUAGGAAUAAUUACUGGAGUUUAUAUUGUGUGUUGGUUGCCAUUCUUUAUUCUUGCCAUAGUUAAUCCCUUCAUCCGUCAUAUUAAGCAGAUUCCUGGCCCUUUGUCUAGUGUAGUUUUGUGGUUGGGUUAUGUAAAUAGCUUACUUAACCCGAUCAUAUAUACAGUGUUUAACCCUGAGUUUCGAGCAGCCUUCCACAAAAUUCUAUUCGGAAAAUAUUCUCGAAAGAACCGGAGACGUGCACAAAGAUAAAAUCUUUUAUGUUUCAUUAUUAUGGAACUUGAUGAUUUAAGAGCAGCUGAGCUAUCGUUUGUGAUUAUGUGACAAAUAGCUAUGGGUCCGAUAAAAUUGUGUGUGCCGUCAGUGGGGCCUAGGCCUCUCUCGAAUGGUUUUGUUUUUAUAGAUAUAAACAUAUAGUGAAUCUUUAUUAAGAGUUAUAAUUAUUUUCUCAUCCCGGUAACAUUAUCAGUUUGUCGAAAUAUGUUCGUUAUUUAUUUUGCAAGACCAACAUUUGAUCAUGUAUUAAGUUGUAUAUUUACCUAGGAAAAUUAUCGCAUGCAUUGUACUCAAAAUAAGUGCUGUAUUUUCACAUCUUAGUGUAAAUAAUAAGUGUUUAAUUAUGACAUUUAGUACAAGCCACAUUCUUGUUAAACUGUAUGUUUUAUUUAAAGAUACAUUAUUUCAGAUCGUAUACAUGGGGUUUCUUAACUUCUUUCCCUGUCGCUACCAACUUUAGAUACACUCAAAAUGCAAUCUCAUACGCAGUGAUCUCCCCUGACAAGCAGAAUACAGUUCUGCCGUCAUUAGCGAAUAUAGUUGAAUUUCAGCUAAAUAGACCUGAUAAACACCUUUAUUUUAGGUGUUUUUUUCUUCUCUCUCAUUUCGAUAGUUUUACGAAAUUUGAUUUAUUCAAGGUACAUUAAGGCUAAAAUUCCUAAGAAAACAUAUUAAAGAUAAUGUUCAUAUUAUCUAUCGACAAAAGCUCUUCAUGGAGGCAGUGAUUGCUGUAUUGUAAGGGAAGUAAUACUGCGUGGAGUCUGCUCCAAUUGAUGAAUAGCGAUGCUUAACACGAGGGCUGUAGGUCACUUUUAGGACAUAUGAAGAUGGGAACGACUGAAAAAGUUUAAUUUUCGGUGUUAUUGGAUACAAAUACAGUGCUUUAAGUUUUUACAAAAAUGCUGUGAAAUAAGAAAAUCGUGCAAAUUUAAUUUGUUUCAAUUAACAUGAAAAGAAGCAUUUGAUUGAUGUCAUUUCAACCGGUUUUGUAACGCAAUAAAUAUUGGGUGAAUUACUGCAGAAUUCCGCAUACAUAAACAAUGAAAUUCCCGUAGUAAACGAUCUGAGAUAUUGUACCUAUCAAAGUUUAUAAUGUUAACAUAUUCGGUGUUUAUCAAUAAAGUUUGUAAACAAUUUUUAUUUUCUAAAUAAUAUGAAGUAUGUAGUAUUUGUAGAGUUUUUUUUGUUUUAAACAAUUAUAGUAAGCAUUAGUUAUUCCUUUUUUAUGUAUUAAUAUAAAUUAUAUUUAUUUAAAAAAAAAGGCAGAGGGAGCUAUGCCUGCUCAUAGAUAUGUAAUAUUGUUAUGAUCUUUUAUACUAUUAAAGUUUCAAACAUAUUCGAGAUUACCAUUUAUGGCAAUUGCAAUAAUCGUUGAAUAUAUAAGUAAAACUUCAUUUUUUUAUGAAUAACAACAUAUUUGUCCUAAACAAAAAUAAUACUUUUGCCGCCGUACACUUGCUGCAGACAUCGCAUUUACAAGACAAUAUAGAAAUACGAGUUGUUUGUAUAUGAUGUUAAGAUUUCUAAUAAUAUGA